UCCGUCCCUCCGUGCGAUUGCACGUCGAGCAUUCAGUAGACUCGGCCAUUUCUCUCGCGAAGCGUAGCGACUCGCUCAGCCGCGCGACGGUUUUUUUUUUCGCGACUGCACCGUGCGGGUACUCCCGGAAGUUUUGCAAAAUAACGCGACGCAAAAGGAUGAUACACUCCGGGCGCACCAGGCUCGAGAAAAAAGUAAGUCUCCAACAGUUAGGAGUGGGAGGAGGGGGCCAAGGGGUCGGACAAGGGGUACUGGCGAUCGAGGAGACGGAAAAAGGAGGCGGCGGUACCGGUGGACAAUGGUGGAAGCAGCAGCAUCCAUCCUAUCAUCACCAUUAUCACCAACAUCAUCAUCAUCAACAACAUUAUCAUCAUCAGGGCGGUUAUUACACGCAAACGCAUACUCACAACCCUGUCACUACCAUGAAGCAAUCCUACAUGCAGCUAACAUGGGUGUUUCACGAUGACGAGGCGCAGAUUAACAAGAAACUGCCAAAAGAAUUACUACUCAGAAUUUUUUCGUACCUCGAUGUCGUAUCGCUAUGCCGCUGUGCCCAAGUAAGCAAGGCCUGGAACGUGUUGGCGCUCGAUGGGUCCAAUUGGCAGAGGAUCGAUCUCUUCGAUUUUCAACGAGACGUGGAGGGACCAGUAAUAGAAAAUAUCUCGAGGCGUUGCGGCGGAUUCCUCAGGCAGCUCUCGCUCAAGGGAUGCCAGAGCAUCGGCAACAACUCGAUGCGCACCUUAGCCCAGUCGUGUCCUAAUAUCGAGGAGCUCAAUUUGAGUCAGUGCAAGAGGAUCUCGGACGCGACAUGCGCAGCCCUCAGCAGUCAUUGCCCCAAGCUCCAGCGGCUGAACCUGGAUUCCUGUCCCGAGAUAACGGACAUGUCCCUGAAGGAUCUCGCGGCUGGCUGCCCGCUGCUCACUCACAUCAAUCUGUCAUGGUGCGAACUGCUCACCGACAACGGGGUCGACGCGCUCGCCAAGGGCUGCCCGGAGCUCCGCAGCUUCCUGAGCAAGGGUUGCCGUCAGCUGACAGAUAAGGCCGUGAUGUGUUUAGCGCGCUACUGUCCUAAUCUCGAAGCGAUCAAUCUACACGAAUGCAGGAACAUAACGGACGACGGAGUCAGGGAACUUAGCGAACGGUGUCCACGGCUGCAUUACGUUUGCCUGUCAAAUUGCCCCAAUUUAACGGAUGCGACGUUGAUUAGCCUGGCACAACACUGUCCACUCCUCAAUGUACUCGAGUGCGUCGCGUGCACCCAUUUCACGGAUACGGGUUUUCAGGCCCUCGCGAGAAACUGCAAACUGCUCGAGAAGAUGGAUCUGGAAGAGUGCCUUUUAAUCACCGACGCCACCCUCACUCACCUGGCGAUGGGCUGUCCGAGAUUGGAGAAAUUAAGUCUGUCACAUUGUGAGUUGAUCACCGACGAAGGCCUCCGACAAAUCGCGCUGUCGCCAUGCGCGGCAGAACACUUAGCCGUCUUAGAGCUGGACAACUGCCCGAAUAUCUCGGACAAUGGUCUGAACCAUCUGAUGCAAGCCUGUCACAAUCUCGAGCGUAUCGAACUUUACGACUGCCUACACAUUACCAGAGAGGGCAUACGUAAACUCAGAGCCCAUCUACCGAACUUAAAGGUGCACGCGUAUUUCGCACCGCCGACUCCACCACCCAGCGCGGGAGCCUCGCGACAACGAUACUGUCGGUGCUGCGUCAUUCUGUGAUUUUGCCUUCAACUCCUAACUCCGAAGUAAAAAUCGUCCGAUACCCACGAGAUUAUAGUGGACCUUUAUCGGUGGCCGCUAUCUGCGGCGAUUAUGGGACCUCUCUCUCUCUCUUUCUCUCUCGUGGUUACCGGAGAAACGUUCUGGUUGUCCAUCACACAUUGAUAAGUGAGAACGAGACUCGUUGUCAAUUGCAAAUCGUUAAAUCGAUUCAAGCUCCAUACGCAACGAGUGAAGUACGUCACCAUCAUCAACACAGCCACUGAUGCUACUACUGCAAUUACCACUAUGAUCGCUGCUGCUGCUAUUACUACUAUUACUACUACUAUUACUGCUGUUACUACUACACUUAUUAUUAUUAUUAUUAUUAUUUCUAUUUUUACUCCGUUAUCUCGAUAGUCGAAGUGCAUCGUCACUAUUUCGGUUUAUAUUUGCGUGCGGGAAGUUAGUCUGCAAAGGAAAGAAAUUCUCAGGUUUUUCUCCUUAGCGAUUUUAUCAUUUUUUAUGAUCUUCAUUUAGCGUUCGCCCACGGAGAGAAAUGAUACGUGCGCGUAUUUUUGAGCUGCUCGCGAUACAUACGACGGCGCGACAUAUUCGAAAGCGAGCGAGCUUACUUGACUAGCGUUUGGACGCGUAUUUUCCCAGCGCUACGCGAGCAAGUUAUCGAUUUACGUUGCUCGAUAAACACGAGAUACUUAUUUUAAGAUACGCGUAAAUGUCUUAUAAAUAUCUUAAUGAGCACCCACGCGCGCGUACUACCAGUGUCGAACGUGGAAGAAGACGGUAGUUUUAGGGGGCAACGGAAUCAAGUGUAAUAAUGCGUGCAAUUGUAUCCAGAAGUCGAAUUUCACACACACAUCUCGAUGUGUAAUCGUGUAGCAGUUUCUCAACGAACACUGCCUAUAAUGCUAUUGAUAAACGAGAAAAAAGAAGAAAAAAAGAUAAAAAAAACAAAUACGGUAUAGCAAUCGCGAAUCGAAUCUCGUCGUAAUAUUUAGGAUAUUACUAUCGUUUAUCGUAUAAUGUAGACAUACGCACCGACCGAAAUACGGCUCGGUGAAAGUGUUUCUUCUCGGUGUCUGUUUAAAAGUAUUAACGGAUCGCGCGUACCGUGAUUACCGAGCGACACCUACGAAUUUCUUUCCUUUCAUAAAAAAGAAGAAAAAAGAAAAAAAAUAGGAAGAGAGAGAGACAAAGAAGAACACGUGUCGCGCGAAAUUUUUCGCAUUAAGGGCGCACAACUUUCAACUUUUAACGACGGAAAUUUCAACGUAUUGUGAUCGUGGACACACAUACAUUCGAGACAGAGUGAGAACGGGAGGAGGAUCACUCGAGUAUCGUCCUUGAAGACUCGUACGACUCUACCGCCGCUGGCGCGGCUUAUGCAGCGGUGGCGCGUGAGAGAGAGCUGCAUUUUACAUCGAUUCGCGGGCAGACGGUAUUUAACGCCUGUGUAUCGUAUACCUCGAGUAUCCGUGUAAAACGUAAACACCACUUCUUCUCGACAACCCGGACAUCUAUUCUAUUAUUUCUUUUCUCUGUUUUAUUACCUUGUUUUUUUGUUUUUUUGUAACUUGUCAUGGACUAGGAGAGCACAGACUGACAAACGAAUCAAAGCGUUAAUGUGUUAAACCGAUUAACUUCGUACCGGCGGCGAACAGCGCUGGUGUUUUUACUUUUUAAGCCUAGGUUUAAAAGAAAAAAUAAAUAAAUAAAACAAAGCGGAAUGGCGGCAGUAUCAUGAAGCCACGGACAUAUCGCGAAGAGAGCGUGGGAUUGGCGGAUCUUCGCACGCGAUCUUUGCUAACCGAUCUCGGAUGCUCCGUGACUACAGUGACGAUGUGCCCGAUGGUGAGAAACAAAUAGAAAAAAAAAAAAACAUUUAAUCUCUGACCCAGUGCUUGUAUAAAACUCCGAUUGUAAAAGAUCGGUGCCAUCUCUCAAUUGGAACAUGGUAUCGUUCGAUGAAGUAGCCGAUUUGUCGCGGGAUUUUUGCAGGCCGCGUUGAACGGCCACGAAAGAAGAAACGAACAAGUUCCACAACAAGACAAGUGAAAUAUCGAACGUGGUUUCCCGAGGCCGGGGAAACGGACCACGAGCAACCUCUAUAUACAUGUGGAUUACGAUUUUCCAUUUGAUUGUACGCGAAGAAACUUCUUGGCGUAGUUUCUCCGAGAGAGAGUUCUCUUGCGACGGAACUCCAUGGCGGAUUUGGGUUUCGAAUCGAUAUAAUUUAUUUUGAAUAUAAAAGACACUAUACAGAAAACAUACAUACACGCGCGCGCGCGCGCGCACGCGUCACACGUACAGACACAUGCAUACAUUGGCUAUAUUUUUAGAAGCGUACCCUUGCCAGAUUUUUACUAAAAAAGUCACGGACGCAUUUUGAACGCGUUAAUGACUGGUCGUAGACCAACGCGUGAAAUUUUUAAAAGCGGUCCAGUUUCGAAGUGCAAUAUCCGUCAGACGCGAAAUGCGCCUCGUUUUCCUUCCUCUUGACUUUCAUUCGUGAAUCAUAAAUUCGGUUAAUAUCGCGACACAACGUGUCGUCGCGUUAAGCAAAAAAAAAGGGGGGGGGGGAAGAAAGAAACACGAAGUAUCGAUUGUUAAUCCUUUGGUAGCGUGUAAGAGACGUACCGCGUAUAUAUUAAAGUAUAUAGCGUGUAACAGAAAAAAUAACGGAUGCGGACAACUAGAUAUAUGAUACAACAGUAAAUAAAUAUAUAGAUAAGAUAUGUUUUAUACGCUGCAUGUCAUCCCUAGUGGAAUAACGUGAUCAUUGUAAACGUGUCGUUCGAAGUCAGGUUAAUAAUUAUUAAGCAAUGUACGAUUAUACGCGCGCAUGACGUAACUGCGAUGAUGCAGGACACACACGCCACACACACACACACACACAGACAUACACACAUACAUAAACACACACAGACGCACACACAACACGCGCGCUAUCCGCAAGGCUUUCCGAUCUCUCGUGAAUCUUGGUGCGAGCAUUUACGUUUUUUGUACUCCUCCAAGCGAAAUUGUCUCCUGCGUUGUAGCUAUUGUAUCCAUGAGAAUUCGAUCGCACGAAUUCUCCGAGAAGAGAUGGAUGGGACUCUUUCGCAUCGAAUUAAUUUUUUGGUUAUAUUAGAAGAAAGUAUUUGGCAAGGAUGGGAAGUAUUUUUUUAUAAUGAUUUAAUAAUGACGUUAUAUGUACAAUUUCUCGUAAUGAUAACAAAUUAUCUGUCAAAAGUGAUUAUUCUAACUUUAAUAUUACUUUUAUCAUGAAAAAUUGUAACGUUAUUAUCAAUUGGUCAUUAUGAAAAAAUGAAAGUAACAGUGACUUAUUACUUGUAACUCUUUCCAUCCUUGGUAUUUGUAACUAAUUGAACCUUAAAAUAAUUGUGCUUAGGAGUUCUAUUUUUAUAUAGUUAUUACUGCUAUAAUAUUAGUACAUAGAGAGACUGAAGGAAUUAAAUUCUAAAGUUAGAUUCCAAAACGGCUUCAGAGGAAAAUUUUAUUCGAAAUGUAUAGUACAAAAAUAUAAUGCCAAUGUAACGUAUACUGUAUUAUAUCAAGUAAAAUUUUUCUUAAAGAAGAUGUUUUGAAACGUGGCUCAAGAGAAAAUUCUCUCUGUGUGAUAAUGAUGUGUUACACUAGAUGAAAAAGUUGUAUAACCAAUUUAAAGUUGGCGUAGGAAAUAAUUAUAAUUUAUAAUCAUUUUCUGCCAACUGUAUUUAGAUUAUUAUAGUAUCUGUUUUUUAUCAGUAUAACACAUUGUAUAUUAUUAUUACUAAUCAUUAUUAUUUUUAUUAUUAUUACUAUUAUUACUAAUUGUAUUAUUAUUAUUACUAAUAUUAUAGCAGUACCUUGAUAGGCACAUUGCAAAUAUUGCCUAAUAAUGGCAUUAUAAAUUGAUGAAAAUUGUGCAAUAAUUGCACUAAGAUGAUACGCCAUGACGCAGUAAUUUUGUCGAAAUAAAAUUUCUAAAUAUUUGUAAAAAAUUAGACAAAUCUAGGUAUAGUUUACAAUUUGAUUUUAAAAACUAUUUGAUUUCUUUAAAGAGUUACCGUGUUUAAUACGUAAUAUUCCAUGCUGCAACAUUUCUACGUUAUAAUUUAGAAAUUAUUAUGCACUUUUGUAAACAUGUAUAUGGUUUAAUUAUAUUUCUAAAUGUUUUAUACAUAAUACAUCCAAAAUAGUUCUUUUUUUAGUUAUUAAACAUUUUCUUUCUAAAUUUAAUUUUACAAAUACACGUUAAGAGAAUUCGCCAUAUGAUCAUAGUUUUGCUGAAUACUAUUUUGAAAUUAAUUGCGCAAACAGUUAUCAAUAUUUUAUAAAAGAUCGGUAUUUUUACAUCUUAUUCGUGUAAAUGUACCUACAUAAUUACAAAUUAUCAUUUUUAUUUAAAAUUUCAUUAUAUUAUUAAAUAAAUGUUGUCCUAUCGGGGAUAAUAACUAUAAAAAAAUGGCGCUGCUAAUAAUUUUAUUUUAACAUUCAAUUAUAGCGACAAAUACAAAUUAAAUAUUUUUCUCUCAGAGAUGAGAUUUAUUUUUCGAAUGAGCGAAGAGCGGAAGCGUUUCGUCUAGAUGGUUCAGCGGUCGACCGCCGCCGCCCGAUGCGUGAGCUAAACUCAAAAUAUAAAGUCAAUCGCAGUGCCUGAAAUGUUACGAAGCUAAUCCGUGUAGUCGUGUAGUCGAGCGCGAGCUCUCCCGCGCACGACAGAUUGUAACGUUAACGUAGAACAAUGUUUGGCUGAACCAAAGUGUAGCGCCGCAUUCGGGCGUCAGGUAGCCGGCAGGACAAGAGCCGUAACGCGCGACGAUUUAUUUCCAGUUGGAGGAGAUUCACGGAGACAACUAUUACAUUAGUCGUCGUAAACCGCCGUCAACCGGGAUCAUCGUCGUUAAUCGCGUUGCGUUAGCCCGCGAGAGAUGUAAAGCCUUGUCGGAUAAAACCCUUUGACUUGGACGUGCGAGAUUCGCCCGGACUAUCUUCAGAUUCUGCGAUAUCUGUCCGAAUUUUCGCGAACGGGAAAACGAGAAGUACCGUUCACACUUUCGAUGAUCGCCACUUACAGUUUAAUCAAUUGUAAUAAUCCGCAGUUGUCACCGUUGAAUCGUGUUGUAACGGUGUUAAUUAAGCAGAUAAGAGAUCGAAGCGUUGAUGCCGCUGAAUGAUCGUGCAAGUGUUUGGCUGUGCAAGAGAGAAAGCUGACUAGGUCUGAAUAGGAAGGCUGUGAAUAGGCUGAGAAGAGGGUGGGAGGGAAGAAAGAAGCGAGCGAGAAAGAGAGAGAAUGCGAGUGAGAGUAAAGAAUGAAAGGGCGAGAGGGUGCGUGUGAAAAAGAGAGAAAGAGCGCAAGAGAAACAAAGAUAUUAAUCGAAGUCAGCGAAAGUAUCCCGGUAUCCGCUGCGUAUAUCGACGGAUUGACGCGGUCAGUCUCGCAAUAGUUGUGACACACCGAGGACGAUUCGAAAGCCGGGUCGGCUCGGACCGCGUUAUCAAUCAUGUUUAUUUUAAGAAAUAAACGAAAACUUCAAAAAACGUUUCUCACGUACAACACAACAACAGCAACAACAACAACAGCAUUCAUGGUCUACACGUGUCGGCCUACACGUGCCUCCCGACAACCUCGACAAUCUCGGCUCUCGAGAGGACGUCGUCGAAAAAGAAGAAAAAGGAAAAAAAAAUGAAAAUAAAAAGAUACGGUGAAACAGAUUCGCGUACGAAUACUGUAGCUAAUUAUAUUGACACUUCGCUGCUUCGAGAAGCUGCAGUCUACCAUGUAUAUAUUUUCAUUAAUGUAUGUAUAAUAAAAUAUAUUCGAGACAAAAA